AGUGAGACAGUUCGGGCCGCGCGGGUAUCCCUUCUCCGCCGAAAAGGGGGGAAAGCCGGAGCGCGUGCGAGAGAGGGAGAGGGAGAAAGCGCCAGCCCCGCCCGCCACUUAGCCAGCCAGGGACGCGCGGCGGCUGUGGGAAACUCCAGAAGUCCCCUCAUGGCAGCGGCGCGAGCAGGGAAUCCCCAGGAAUUGUCUCGCGCCUUCCAGCUGUUGGUGUUGCUGCUGACACUGCCGCCGACUUGCGAAGCGGCUCGGGCUGCUGCUGCUCCCUGGCGGGGCUGCUUCUCCUCGUAGGAAUAGCUCCAAGACAUCUCCGCAGCCUUGCAUCCAAAGGACUCUUUUUUUUUUAAAGUGAAUAUUCCACUUGCAAUAUACCUUGUGUGUAUAUCUAUUUCUCCAUAGAUAGAUUAAAUUAGACUGCCGUUUUCUGUGCCUUCCGACCACGCAGCGGCUCUUGACACAUUAAUGAGGUGGGUGGCAUUCCUCCUCUCUCCCCUUUUUUCUACUCCUUUUUUCUUCCUCGACGAAGCUCGGAAUUAAAGUUUAAGCGUACACAAUCCAACGGCUGAGGUUCUCUUUCUCCUUCCCUCCUCCCUCCCUCCCUCCUUCUGGAUGCAGCCGCCCCUCGUCGUUUGCUUUACUUUCCUCUGGCAUUUUUGCAGGCAGCCGCCCCCCGGCGAGUUUGACAUGGCACUCAGCGGCACCCUCCUCCCUUCCAUCUCCACCUUCGCCACGGCGGGCACGGCCGGCAGGGAAAAAGCCUUGAGACAAGCAGGUGGCCACAACAAGUGGAGGGAAGAGCUGUCUCACCUCAAGCGGAUCCCCCCUGUACUGACAGGACGGCCUUUUGACCUCUCUUCUGAGCUGGAAAACACCACAAACAGCAGCAGUGGGACUAUGUCGAGGCGGGAGACAGACGAGUUGAAUGAGCUUCUGGACUUUGACUUCAUCUUAUCGAAUUCCCUGAUGCCCCAGGAGCAGCCCACAGCUGCUGCUGCUGUUGUGAGUGCUCCUGGUUCUUCACCCUCUGUCACAAGUAGCAGCUGCCCUUCUGUGACCACCUGUGACUUCUCCUACCAGCUGCAAAGGGGAGAUCACCCUGGAGGUAUAAUGUACACUAGAGAACAUGCUCCAGCUGCCCCUUUCAACCUGGCUGAUAUCAAUGAUGUCUCUCCUUCGGGUGGAUUUGUAGCUGAGCUGAUGAGGCCAGAUCUGGACCCUGUUUAUAUGCAACAGCAACAGCAGCAGCAGCAGCAGCCUCCACCACCACCACCUCCUCCCCUGGGCAGCCUUCAUGGGAAAUUUGUGUUGAAAGCUACAGUGAACAUGGGAGAAUGCAAUAACCACAUCAACAUUAGCAACAAGAACAAUGUUGCUGCUGCAGCUUCCCCCUGCACGGAUGGACCUGUGCCCCCUUCUGUGUAUAACCAUGUGCCCAGAAUGUGCACCAAAAUCAAGCAAGAGGCAGCCCCUUCAUGCACUAUUGGCCAAUCCCAUGGGAAUACUCCAAGAGCCCAGCCGCAUGACUUCUCUUUGGGUCGGCCGUUACCUAGUAGGACUAAUCCUCCUUUGACUCCAGAGGAAAUGAUGACUCCUAGAGACUGCCACCCUUCCCCGCAGGGCUUAAGUCAUUCCACUCUUCCACUUCCUCCGGGCUACCAUCCUGGCCAAGCCUACCCUCCUUUUCUUCCAGAGCAGCUGCCACACAACGCCCUCCAGUAUCAAGGUCAGUCUUACUAUCUAAAUGUUUUUGGAGAGCCUUUAAGUAUGCCUCGAUUGGUGCAAGGGAUGAUGCUGACUCCGCCCUCUUCACCUCUAGAGCUGAUGCCUUCGGGGAGCUGCCUCUCUGAAGAGACCAAGCCAAAGAGGGGACGGAGGUCAUGGCCCAGGAAAAGGACCGCAACACACACCUGUGAAUAUGCAGGCUGUGGUAAAACAUACACGAAGAGUUCUCACCUCAAAGCACACCUUCGGACCCAUACAGGUGAGAAGCCCUAUCACUGUGACUGGGAAGGCUGUGGCUGGAAAUUUGCCCGCUCCGAUGAACUUACACGUCACUACAGAAAACAUACAGGGCACCGCCCUUUCCAGUGCCAGAGGUGUGACAGAGCAUUUUCCAGGUCUGACCACCUCGCCUUACACAUGAAGAGACACUUUUGAAAAGGACUCGAGGAACUUUACCUUUACGGCCUGGAGAGAUUCAGUAUUCGACAGCACAUAAGACUGUCUUCCACGCGAGGGAAGGAAGGACUCCACUUUAAAGCACUACAGAAAAUCCCAGUGAGGUCUUCCAGAAAAAAAAAAACAUGGAAAGGAAUGAACAAUUUUAAACAAAUGUUGUGGAUUUUUUUAAUAAACCAGGGGAACAAUGACUGGAUUUUAUAUCAUUCCAUUUUUUUUAAUCUGACUUGAAUCUUUCUGGACUACAGAAUGCCAAGGACUGACUGGAAGUCAAGGAUAUCAGGGUUAACACAAACUGUCGAGGGAGGGAUGAAUGGGUGGAUGGAUGGAUGGAUGGAUGGAUGGAUGGGAAAUUACGUAGGGAACCACCUGGUGAAGACAGAUAAUGACACUAGCAGAACAGCAACCCUGCUUUUGAAGCUCCUUUACCUCAAUCAGGCCAAAUGCUUUAUUUU